AUGGCGGCAUACAUUCAGUAUGACUUAGGUCAUCGGAGCUCUCGGAGCGACUCCAAGUUUGGGGUGUGCGACUUCCUCUUUCGUCAGCGCCACGCAACAACCUUGGUGGAAGGCAUCGUUCUGUUGUCUCAGUGGAUGGGAUCGAGUGGAGUCACCAUGACGCGCUCAUUUCAGACAGGUCAGCUGGCCCUGAAGAGACCUACCUGUACAAGAUUCAUUCCUGCUGGUAGAAUUGGUCGUCAACAGACCAUGGUGGGCCCACCAGAAUUCCAGGAAAAUCUCCACAACAUCUCUCGCUUUAUGGUGCUGCUUGGGCGUGAUGAAAUUUAA